AUGAUUUUUGGGGUGUCCAGAGAAGUUUUCGCGUUUUGCAAAAGAUUUUUGGGGUGUGCAGGUGAGUUUUGCCGUCUCCAGCGCGAAUGGGGGCGGAGCUUCUCCAGGGAGGACCAAUCCCAGCUGAGCUCCCAGUUCCUGCCCAAUCACGAGGCCUCUCUCCAGCCCCACCCCCAGAAAGUUUUCUGUGGGAUUUUCUCCAAAUGCGGCCGAAAAUUCCUGACGGCCUGCCAAGACCACUCGCUGCGUUUGUUCUCGGUGCGCCCGGGGGGGCUGCGGCUCCUCCGAGCCACCAGGGGGCGCCAGGUGGGCUGGAGCAUCCUGGACGUGGCCCUGAGCCCCGACGGCCACCAGGCCCUCUACUGCUCCUGGUCCAGUUACGUCCACGCCUUUGACCUGCACGGGGAGGGCGACGUCCACACGGCCCUGGACUUCAGACCGGAAGAGCGCCGCUUCGCCGUCUUCUCAUUGGCCGUGGGGCCGGACGGGCGGGAAGUGAUGGGCGGGGCCAACGACGGCUGCGUCUACGUCUACGACCGCGAGGCGCAGAGGAGAGUGCUGAGGCUCCCCGCCCACGAGGAUGACGUCAACGCGCUGGCCCUGGGCGACCCCGGGGGGCUCCUGCUGCUGUCGGGGGGCGACGACGGCGUCUGCCGGGGCUGGGACCGGCGCUGCCUCCCCGAGGGCCCGGCCCUGGUGCUGGCCGGUCACCGGGACGGCCUCACCUUCCUGGAGGCUCGGGGCGACGGCCGCUACGUGGUGUCCAACUCCAAGGACCAGUCGGCCAAGCUGUGGGACCUGCGCCGGCCCUCGGGGCCGGGGGCGCUGGCGGCCGCGCGCCGGGCGGUGGCGAGGCAGAGCUGGGACUACCGGUGGCAGAGGGUGCCCAGGAACGGUACUGGUUUGAUUUGGGAUCUAUAG